GAGAUACAGAGAGACCGUUCGCCUGCGUGAAGUGUAACAAACGUUACAAGCACAAAAAGACCCUAGUCUUCCACGUGAGAUUCGAAUGCGGACAACCGCCAGGGUUUGUCUGUCCUUAUUGCAGUUACAAGUCCACGCGGAAACAGCAUCUGAAAACCCAUUUCUUCUUCAAACACCUGGACAAAAGAACCUCGUGGCCCAAGCUUUCGGGCAAAAUGUAUCCAAAAUAUUAAAUCGAGCAUCAGAAGAGAGGACGGCCGAUAAACGCUUCCCUUGCCCGGUCUGCUGGAAGACGUACAAGUACCAGAGGAGUUUGAGCAGGCACAGAAAAUUUGAAUGCGGGAAACUGCCGAGCUUCUAUUGUCCGUUCUGCUCUCACAAAUCCAAAUUGAAGGAACACCUCAAGUCCCAUGUAAUGAUGAAACACCCGACGGAGAGGCAAAUGUGGCCAUUCAUUGCGCGACCGCCUCCAAAACCACCCUGUACCAAUAUCAAAUAAAAAACAAAAAUUA